AUGGCGACCACUUUGGCCGAUCAUAUAUCGCAAGAGAAAAUUGACGAUCACUAUGUUUCCACGCAUCUUCCUCAGAGGAUGGGUAAUGCAGCACCCAUCGCCUAUGGGGGCUACGCCAUCGCUCUUGCAAUCCACGCUGCGUGUAAGACCGUUCCGAGUGGAUUUCACUUGCACUCGGCGUUUGGUCAUUACCUCCGAGCAGUGAGUACUGAGGCCAAAUUAAUAUGCACGCCUGUUCAACUCCGCCAAUCGAAGAGUUUCGUCAGCUUUCGCGUUGCCGUUGAGCAAAAGCACCCGUCCACCGGCAAACGCCUUCUAUGCAUGGAGCUCCUAGCCGAUUUCCACAGAGAUGAGCCGUCGCUGCUCACAUUCUCGGGUCAGCCCACGCGGAGUUACACUCACUGGCGGGACUGUGUACCUUGGGAUCGUCUUAUGGAAGACUGGCUUAAGGCUGGUAAAGUAGCAGAGCCACAGUUCAAAGCCUUCAACACCCUGUUCGGACUCUCCCGAGACCUCUACGAAGGCCGCCCCUGUCCGGAGGGAAUCUCCACUCAGAAUCUCAUGGGGAUGGCCAAGACCGUUGAAACCAGCCAGGAGGCAUUGCCUCCGACGGAAAAGUCAUCGGCUGACUGGAUUCGAGUCAAACACGCCCUGCAGACCGAAGGAGAGCAAAUGGCCAGCUUGGCGUUCAUCAUGGAUGGCGUUUUGUCAUUUUUGCCGUUGACACACAACCACUUGUCUUUCGAGGACGCCGGUGCAUGUUCAAGCUUGGACUUUGCUCUACGUAUCUUUACGCCGCCGAAAAUGAAUGAUUGGCACCUGAGAGAGAUUAUCAAUCACCGUGCUGGCCACGGCCGCACAUAUAGUGAGAGUAAACUGUGGGAUGAGGCAGGGAAUUUGGUGGCUUCGAUGACACAGCAGUCAAUUUUGCGAGUUCCUGCCAAAGCUGCAAACUUGUAA